AAAUCAUCAAAAUGUGGAAAUCAUUCAAAAACAUUGUUAAAUUUAUUUUCUAAAUUUUUCAUAAUUUAUUGUUUAAUUGGAGUUGUUAGUGUUAAAGAGAUACCAAUAACUCACGUGAUUGCUGUUGUUAAUGAUCCAGCUUAUUUACCAUGUGACAUAUCAACAAGACACAAUGGUGAUUCAGUACAAUUAGUACUGUGGUAUCGUGAUGAUCUUGAUGAAUCAGUAUACAGUGUUGAUGCACGUGAUCGUGAUUUUGGAAUAGCUGAACGUUGGUCAGAUGAAACAGUAUUUUCAAAUCGUGCAUAUUUUAUUGAUGAUAAAAAACCAGCUCAACUUGCUAUUGAUCGUGUACAUGAAAAAGACAGUGGUGUAUACAGAUGUAGAGUUGAUUUUUUAAUUGGUCAAACACGUAAUAGUAAAGUUAAUUUAACAGUUAUAAUACCACCCCAUAAAAUAUUAAUAACUGAUGAAAAUGGUAUUGUUAGAAAUUCACGUGUUGGUCCAUAUCUUGAGAGUGAUGAUUUAGAAUUAAAUUGUGAUGUUUAUGGUGGUAAACCAUUGCCACUUGUAUCAUGGUAUCUUGAUAAAACAUUAAUAACAAAUGAAUCAAUAAUAUUACGUCCAGGUGUAUUAAGAAGUACAAUUGUCAUAAAAAAUUUAGAAAGACGUGAUAUACAUACUGAGCUAAUAUGUAUUAGUAAUAAUAACAACAACAAAACAAUACCAAUAACAACAAAAGUUAGAAUUGAUAUGAAUUUUAGUCCAUUGUAUGUAAAAAUAAUUGGACAAAAUAAGGCAUUAUCAGCUGAUAAAAGAUAUGAUAUUGUAUGUGUAACAUAUGGCUCAAGACCACCAGCAUUGGUGACAUGGUGGCGUGAUGAUGAAAGAUUAAUUGAUUCAAAUGAAACAAGUUCAAGUGAUGGUAAUGUAACAACAAGUGUUUUAUCAUUUAUACCAAAUAAAACAGAUACAAAAAGAAAGCUAAUAUGUCGAUCAGAAAAUACGGCAAUGUCAUCUGGACCAAUUGAUGAUGAAUGGAUACUUGAAAUUAAUUAUAAACCAGAAACACGUAUACAAUUAGGUACAUCACUUGAUAAAAAUACAAUACGUGAAGGUACUGAUGUUUAUUUUGAUUGUUUAACAAGUGCACAACCAUCUGUUUAUCGUGUUGAAUGGCGUCAUAAUAAUAAUAUAUUAGGGCAUAAUAUACAUCGUGGUAUUAUUAUUAGUAAUCAAAGUCUUGUAUUACAAGGUGUUGAACGUUCAUCUGCUGGUAAUUAUACAUGUGUUGGUUUUAAUAUUGAAGGUGAUGGUGAAAGUUUACCAUUUAAUUUAAAUGUUAUGUUUACACCAACAUGUAAACCAAAUCAAACUAAAAUACAUGGUGUUGCUAAACAAGAAAAAGCAUUUAUAACAUGUCAAGUUGAUGCUAAUCCAAUGAAUGUUGAAUUUCAUUGGACAUUUAAUAAUUCAGCUGAGAGUAUUAAUGUUGCAUCUGGACAUAUUGGUAAAUCUGGUACAAAAUCAGUUGUAUCAUAUACACCAAUGACUGAAUUAGAUUAUGGUACAUUAUUAUGUUGGGCUAAAAAUAAUAUUGGUAGUCAAUUGGUACCAUGUGUUUAUCAUAUUAUACCAGCUGGUCAUCCAGAUAUGGUGCAUAAUUGUACAACAAGAAAUACAUCAAUUAAUUCAUUUUCCAUAAGAUGUACUGAAGGUUUUAAUGGUGGUUUACAACAAUCAUUUUUAAUUGAAGUACGUGAAAGUCAUAGUCAAGAAUUAAAAUAUAAUUCAACAUCACCAAUACCACAAUUUCGUGUUGGUUAUUUAGAUCCUGGUAAACUUUAUCAUGCUUGUAUUUAUGCAUAUAAUGAAAAAGGACGUAGUGAAGCUAUGGUUAUACAAGCUGGAACACUUAGAUUACCAGAAAAACAACAUACAACUGAAAAUGGAAAAACAAGAGAUCGACCACGACAUCAUGUUAAAUUAACACCAAUGUUAAGUAUAAUGAUUGGUGUAUUUGCUGCAUUACUUAUUGUUGCUGUUAUUGUAAUAAUAGUAUUACGUAUACAAAAUGGUAAUUCAGAUAAUCAUGGUAAACCACAUAUUGAAGAUUUAAAUAAAACAACUAAAACAAUACCAAUACAACGUGAGCUACGUUUUCGUGAAGGUUUAGUUACUGAUGAAAAACAUGUACCAAAUACAUACACAAAAACAAGAGAAUCAAAUGGUGAAUUAAGUGAAGGAGAUGAUAAAAAUCCAGAUAUUAUACCACAAAAAAUUAUGAGUAAUUCAGAGGAGCAUCAAAAACAACAACAGCUUCAUCAACAACAACAACAACAACAACAACAACAAAUACAUCAACAACAAUUACAACAGCAUCAUCAACAACAAAUGAUGGAUUAUGCUAGAAAAAGAAGACUUCAAGCAGUAUCAACAAUUGACACAUCACCAUCAAGAGUUAUUAAUGAACAAUCAAGUGGACAACCAGCAAGUUUAGGCUAUUAUCCAGCUGCUGUUAGUUAUUGCACUAUGAGAAGAGAUAUACCAAUGAGAGAAUGGACUGCAUUACCAUCAACAAAACAUGUCAAUUUUCAACCAAUGAUGAUGACACCAAUGUACAGUUCUGGUGUAUGUACAUUACCAAGGCAACAUUGGCCAGCUCCUUCAAAUCGUCAUUCAAUGUCAAUGUCAAUGACAAUGACACCACAACCAAUAUUAUAUUCAGAUAUUAAUAUUGUACGUACAUGUCCAAGUGGUACGAUUUUAACAAAUGAUUAUCCAACUACAACGACAACUAGAAUACCACUUCAAAGAUGUGUACAAACAUCACUUGAUUCAAAUACAUCAAUGUCAUCAAUGACAACAUCAACAACUACAACAACAGUGCCAACAACAAUGCCAACAACAACAAAACGUGAAAGUUCUGUGUGACCAACAAAUAAUAUUUAAUUUUUAUAAUUUUUCAUUAACAAGACUUGAUUAUUAUCUUAAAAAAGAACAGUAUUAUUUUUAUUUUUUAUUUCUAUUAAUCAAGUGUCCUUUUAUACACAUUUAUUUAUUUAUUUUUAUUAUGAAUUUUUUUUUUCUUUUCUAACGUAACUGUAAUACGGGGUAAUUCGAAUUUAAAAUAGUAAUUAAUUAAUAUUGGUAAUUUUAAUAAUUAAUAAUAAAUUGUGUGUACUACUUUGUGUAAAUAUUUUAAAUAUUUACAUAUUUUAUACGUCAACUUUGAGAAGACUAAUUGUCAUUAUAGAGCUUUUUUUUGUUUUUUUUUUCUAUAAUUGGAAAAAUAAAUGUCUAAUUAAAAUGUGAAAAUAAAAUAUAUAUAUACCUCGAUAUGUACUUGUAUGUUGUAUGAAAUUUUAUAAUUGAUAAUUAUUUUAUCAAUCAAUUUGUAGUCAAUUUGUUUCACCAGAAUGUCAUUAUUAAAAAAAAUUUAUUAUUAUUUCACGAAUAUGUGACAUAUCUUUUUGUUUGCCAUAAUGGAAACAAUAAUUUAUAUUCAAUUCUGGUGAAUUUUAAAUGUAAUAAUUUAAUAAUUAAUAACGAAUUAUUCGAAAUGUGUUUUUUAAAAAUCAAAAAAAAAAUAAUAAUUCAAAA